AUGUUCAGGAAGUCGGUGUCUAAGGCGGUGCCCUCUCGGGCUCUGCUUCAUCAUCAACGCGCUUUUUCCACUUCACUCCCCGUCAGGAGAGUCGUAGCGUCUAAUCCAGUCAAGGCAGAGGAGGUCAAGUCCUGGUCUUCAGGCAAAUACCCUCUUAUUGAACACGAGUACGAUGCUAUUGUCGUUGGUGCUGGCGGUGCAGGUCUUCGCGCUGCCUUCGGUCUUGCGGAAGCUGGCUUCAACACGGCAUGUAUCACUAAGUUAUUCCCAACCCGGAGUCACACUGUUGCGGCACAGGGUGGUAUCAAUGCUGCUCUUGGUAACAUGACAGAAGACGACUGGCGGUGGCACAUGUACGACACGGUUAAAGGCUCCGACUGGCUUGGUGACCAAGAUGCCAUCCAUUAUAUGUGUCGUGAGGCUCCCAGAUCCGUCUACGAGCUUGAACAUUAUGGUGUCCCAUUUUCCCGUACCAAGGAUGGAAAGAUUUACCAACGUGCCUUUGGUGGUCAGUCUUUGAAGUAUGGCAAAGGUGGUCAAGCAUAUCGUUGUGCUGCGGCUGCCGAUCGUACCGGUCACGCUCUCCUCCACACCCUUUACGGCCAGUCGCUGCGACACAACACGAAUUUCUUCAUCGAAUACUUUGCUCUGGACUUGAUCAUGCAGGAUGGCGAGUGUGUUGGGGUCAUUGCGCUCAAUAUGGAGGACGGUACGCUUCACCGCUUCAGGGCACAUAAGACAGUCCUCGCAACCGGCGGUUACGGUCGUGCCUAUUUCAGCUGCACGAGUGCGCACACCUGUUCAGGUGAUGGUAAUGCAAUGAUUGCUCGUGCUGGCCUUCCUCUGCAGGAUCUGGAGUUCGUUCAGUUCCACCCAACCGGCAUCUAUGGCGCCGGCUGCCUUAUCACUGAGGGUUCCCGUGGUGAGGGAGGUUACCUCCUGAACUCUGAGGGCGAGCGUUUCAUGGAGCGUUAUGCACCCACGGCCAAGGAUCUUGCUUCCCGUGAUGUCGUAUCUCGUUCGAUGACGAUUGAGAUCCGUGAAGGCCGUGGUGUUGGGCCUGAGAAGGACCACCUAUACCUUCAGCUUAGCCAUUUACCUCCCGAAGUCCUCCACGAGAGGCUUCCCGGUAUCUCCGAGACUGCUGCUAUUUUCUCUGGAGUCGAUGUCACCAAGGAGCCUAUCCCAGUGCUACCUACUGUCCAUUACAACAUGGGUGGUAUUCCCACCAGGUACACUGGUGAGGUGCUGACUGUUGACGAGAAUGGCAAGGACAAGAUUGUUCCUGGUCUGUAUGCAGCUGGUGAGGCCGCGUGCGUGUCCGUUCACGGCGCGAACCGUCUUGGUGCAAACUCCCUCCUGGAUCUCGUCGUCUUUGGUCGCGCAUGUGCUCAUCAUAUUGCGGAGACCUUGACUCCCGGAAAAGUUCACAAAGCUAUUCCUGAAGAGUCUGGCCUUAAGAGCGUGGAGUUCUUGGACCAGAUCAGAAAUGCAGAUGGUCCCAAGCCUACUGCCGAAAUUAGGCUAGAGAUGCAAAAAGCGAUGCAAAGCGAUGCCGCUGUCUUCCGCACACAGCAGACUCUCGACGAAGGUGUUCAGAAGAUACAUCAAAUAUACAAAUCGUUUGACAAUGUCGGCAUCAAGGAUAGGAGCAUGAUCUGGAACUCUGAUCUCGUUGAGACUCUUGAACUACGCAACCUCCUUCAGUGUGCAGUUCAAACUAUCACGGCCGCUGCUGCUCGUAAGGAGUCCCGAGGUGCUCAUGCUCGUGAGGACUUCCCUGAGCGUGACGACGACCACUGGAUGAAGCACACCCUCACAAUACAGCCCGAUAUCAACUUGCCCGACGUCACUCUCAAGUACCGCAGUGUCAUUGGCGAGACCCUCGAUGAAAAUGAAUGCAAGGCAGUCCCGCCAUUCAAGCGGACAUAUUGA